UCACUACGACGACGACGAUUCUACAUGCAUGCGCCCAUGCCAUCGCGUCUGCUUCCUCCCAACCUAACCUGGCGGCGGCGCCAUCAAUUCAUCCUCCCCUCCAGAUCCCAUCUCUCAUCUGCUUCUGCUUCUGCUUCUGCUUCUUCUUCUUGCUGCUGCUGCUGCUGCCGCCGCCGCUGUAGUAUUCUCCUCUCGCCGGCCAGUAGGUAGCCGCGGGGAAGCAAGAGAGAGAGAGAGGGAGAUCGAGAAGCCCCGGCGGCGGGAGGAGAACGAGGGGGUCGGGCCAUGGCGGCGGAGAGGGAGGGGAAGGGGAAGGUGAAGGUGUACGGGAUGGCGCUGUCGGGGAAUGUGGUGCGCGUGGCGACGGCGCUGAACGAGAAGGGCAUCGACUUCGACAUCGUCCCCGUCGACCUCCGCACCGCCGCCCACAAGCACCCCGACUUCCUCGCCCUCAACCCAUUUGGCCAGAUCCCCGUGCUGCAGGAUGGAGAUGAAGUCCUCUAUGAGUCACGCGCGAUAAAUCGGUACAUCGCGACCAAGUACAAGGCGGAGGGCGCCGACCUGCUGCCGGCGGCGGCGUCGACGGCGAAGCUGGAGGUGUGGCUGGAGGUGGAGUCGAACCACUUCUACCCGGCCGUCUCCCAGCUGGUGUACCAGCUCCUCGUCAAGCCCCUGCUCGGCGGCGCGCCGGACACGGCCGUCGUCGACAAGCAGGCCGGCGAGCUGGCCAAGGUGCUCGACGUCUACGACGCCCACCUCGCCGCCAACAGGUACCUCGCCGGCGACCACUUCACGCUCGCCGACGUCAACCACAUGGGCUACCUCUUCUUCCUCGGCAAGACGCCCAAGGCGGAGCUCCUCACGUCCAGGCCGCACGUCAAGGCGUGGUGGGACGACAUCUCCGGCCGCCCGGCGUGGAAGAAGACCGCCGCCGCCAUCCCCAUCCCGCCGCCCGCCUGAGCCACGCGCCGCCGGCGCUACUGCAGAAACAGUACUGCAAGCAUUAAACCACAACACUGCUCACUGACAUGUGGGCCCACGUGGGCCCACGUGCUAUUGCACCUACACGUCAGUUUCUGGGGUAGUGGAGAAGAUCUCAUUUGAUGAAUGAAAACAACGAAUAAAUUUGCAGGCAUUAAAAUGUACACCAUUAAUUACUACGCUAUGUUUUAAUGAACUCAUGUGCUUGCUUUGCCGGAGAGGCAUUUGAUUUAAAUUCAGAUUUAAAUUCCGAUUAA